AAUCGAGAGCGAGGUUAGGAAGAUGGUAUCUCAAAAAUGGCUGCUAGAACAUGGAGAUCAUGGAGAAAACUGGCUCCGGCCAAUCGAAUCAUGGACUUGCCUACUCUAGUAACUAUGAGGACUUUUAUGUGCACGCCAGUACGUGAUAAGCUAAUCGCUACAUUUAGAACGAAACCAAAAAAAGAACAGAGGCCAAAAAUGAAAGAAUUGCCAUGGAAGAAAGCAGUUGUAAAACCACGAGACGAUGUUUACUUUCUAUAUGAUCAAGACCCGCCAUCACAUACAUUUAAAGAUGCACUGGACGCAUUGCGAGCAUAUGCAUUUUUUGAAGAAACUGUCAGGUUGAACUUGAGGCUCAACAUGAACGAGAAAAAGAUAAGAACUGAUGCUAUCAGGGGAUCUAUGUUGCUACCAAAACCUUUCAAGGCAAAGAGAAUUCUUGUUUUUGCAGAGGAUGAGGUUGCUGUCCAUGCCAAAGAAGCUGGAGCAGAUUUUGUUGGUGGUAAAGAGCUGAUAGUUCAGGUUGAAAGUGGUGAACUGGAGUUUGAUUAUUGCCUUAGCAGCUUAGAUUUUUUACCAAACCUGUCACAUAUGCCAAGGAUUUUAAAAGACAAAAUGCCAAAUACAAGAAGAGGUACUGCUACAAAUGACGUUAGUUCGGCCGUGGCACAGUACAGACGAGGUCAUUCGUAUAAAACGACCAGGCAAGGACACGUUAACUCAGAUAUUGCUCUCCUGAGCUUUUCAGACAACGAAAUACGAGAGAACAUGCGUGCUUUUAUAUCUACAAUCGAGUCUCACAUGCCACAAUCACUAAAGCAAGAUCAGUUCUUCAAGAAGCUGGUAAUAUCAUCGCAAUACGGUCCUGGAUUGCUAUUAAAUAAGGAAGAAAUUUUCUUAUGAGUUAAUUGUAAAAGGGAACGUUGGCGAAAGUUAACGGUAGCGCUGACCAUGAGUUUAGAGGCAGUGUCGCCCAGCUUACUACAGCCGAUGCCCAACCACCACUACAUCUAGAAGAAUCCAUCGGACAAAUGAUUUGCGAAAAUGUAGUAGGUUGAGUGAAACAAAUAGGAACUUGGUGCAUUAAGAAAAGAUUUUAUGAGUGCGAUGAAUUAAUUAUGUUCCCAAUUAAAUUUUUGUUUGUUUCUUGUUGUAGACCUGAUGUCUUGGUAGGUUUACGAAAUUUUAAUGUGACCAGAAUAUUGUCAUGAAUCUGGAUGUAUCAAAACACGGCAAAUCCUUACUUUCAAACAAAGAAAUCGAAUGAUUAUACAGACAAAAGAAAAAUGAAUACAUAUUAUUAACUAUUUUCUAGUAAUGGCGUACUGCAAAUUGCGUCAAACUUAUGCCAAUUGGAAUUUAGGAAAUUGGGGACAUUCCACUUGGGAUGCAUCUUUAAAAACAAAGUGUCUUUGAUUUGGUAUAAUUGAUAACUUUUAAAAAGUUCUUUAUUGAUGCAUAAUUUUGAUAUGACAUCGAAAAAGCAAAAAUGUCAAGGCUUACUAAAGCUU